UUGAUUCUUUAUCCCCAAGUUAAGGUAAUUAACUGUUAGAUACUAUAGUCUGGCAACUAUUUUUUUAGUGUCAAUGACAAGUUCUUUGAAUACUGGUUUCUCUGUUUCUGUCCCCUGUUUCAAUUCCAGAGCCAAAGGGUCUGCUCAUCAUUGUUAUUCAAAUGGAAAUUUGCAACUUAAAGAUUUAACAUCUAGAGAAUUUCUAGCCAAAUCCUUGGAUGUAUCAGACCAUAGACAGGCACAAGUAGAAAUUUGUGUUGGCAGUGGUCAGGGAUGGUGGGAGAAGACACUUAAAUCCAACGUGGUAGAGAUCAACUCAGCACAACAACUUGUUGAUUCAUUGUUAAAGGCUGGUGAUAGAUUAGUCAUAAUUGACUUCUACUCUCCUGGCUGUGGAGGUUGCAAGACUUUACAUCCUAAGAUGUGUGAGCUAGCUGAAUCAAAUCCCAAUGCCAUAUUUCUAAAAGUAAACUAUGAAGAACUGAAAAGCAUGUGUAAUGUUCUUCAUAUACCUGUCUUGCCCUUCUUCAGAUUCUACAAGGGUGCACAAGGCAAAGUUAGUAGCUUCAGCUGUACUAAUGCAACAAUAAAGAAAUUUAAAGAUGCAGUAGCAAGGUAUGGGGAUGAAGGGUGUAGCUUCAGUCCAGCAAAAGGUCUUGAGGAAUCUGAGCUUUUAACUUUAGCCUCAAUUGGACAAAUAUCAAAAAAAUCAUCAUUUGAUUCCUCCAGUAUUCAGGAGUAG